AUGUCAGAUGGCGGCUCUAAAUCCCGCCAGUCGUCCGCCUCCUUCCACUUCGUCGCCGGUCUCGGCAGUGGCAUUAUAAGUGCCGUCCUCCUCCAGCCCGCCGACCUCCUCAAAACCCGCGUACAGCAGUCGCACUCCACGACCCUCUGGUCAACAAUCCGGACCAUCGCCUCCGGACCGCAGCCCAUCCGCAGCUUCUGGCGCGGCACGGCGCCCUCGACCCUGCGCACCGGCCUCGGCAGCGGCCUCUACUUCUACACACUCAACGCGCUACGCCAACGCGUCGCCCGCAGCAAUGUCCUGGCUCACAGCAGCAGCAGCAGCAGCAGCAGCAGCGGGAGCGGGAGCGGGAGCGCAGGCGCCCACUCCUCCAGCCUCCCCAAGCUAAGCAACACCGCGAACCUCAUAACCGGGUCGUUCGCCCGGGCGAGCGCAGGCUUCCUCAUGAUGCCCAUCACGGUCAUCAAGGUCCGCUAUGAGAGCACGUUCUACAACUACACUUCCAUCUGGGGCGCCGGGAAAGACAUCCUCCGCACCAACGGCCUGCGCGGCUUCUUCGCCGGGUUCGGCGCCACAGCCGUCAGGGACGCGCCCUAUGCGGGGCUCUACGUGCUGUUCUACGAGCAGGCGAAGAAGCGGCUGAGCGCGCUCAGCACGGUUGUCGGAAAGACGCAGAACGAAGGCUCGAGAGCGCUCAGCAGCGGGUCCUCGGCCGGCAUCAAUUUCGCGUCCGGGGUGCUGGCUGCGGGGUUUGGAACCGCGAUCACAAAUCCGUUCGAUGCGAUUAAGACGAGGCUGCAGCUUAUGCCGGAGAAGUAUAAGAACAUGGUGCAGGCUUCGAAGCUCAUGCUCAGGGAAGAGGGACUGAGGUGCUUGUUUGAUGGGCUGGGCAUCAGGAUGGCGAGGAAGGCGGUUAGUUCUGCGUUGGCGUGGACGGUGUAUGAGGAGAUUAUCAGACGGGCGGAGGUGAGGUGGAGAGAAGGUGCUGCGAUGUAA